AUUUAGUGACUUUAUCGUCUUGCACUUCUGCAAAGUAAUGUCACUGUCAUUGAUGCUACCCCAGGUCUCCUAAGCACUGUAUUGCAGAACUAAUUAACUAACCCACACCCAUAUUUUGAAGGGAGUCAAAAAUAGGGCACCAAUCUUCCAGGGCGAAUAUUUUGGCGACUUAAUCUUGCAAGGGGUGAAUUUUGCUUAGAACGAGUUGAUGAGCAAAAUGUGUGGGGGCGAAUUUUCCUACAAUCAUUCGAGUUGAAUGUGGGUGGUUCAUUUUGACGUUGGACCCUUUCUGGAAAAAGCAAUUGCGAGACGGCGGCACCGGGUAAAACCACAAAGGUGUGGAUCAGACAUCACGUAACGAAUAAAUAGGUAAAGAGUGUCGCGCAAUAGCAAAAUAUGUGUCUGUGGCCCACUCUUGAGAAGAGCAAUUUCGAGUUCAAUGUGUAAGUGGGUGGAAUUUUACGCAAAAUCGAUACGCGCACGAUUGCGCGUGUCAAGAAGAAUUGAUUGAAAAUUCUAAUGUCUGGUGCUGUUGUCUACGCGCUCCUCUCGACAGUCCUGGUGCAGUGACGAUCGCCAUCAUAGACCUCUUUGCCGCAGCUGAUUUGGGGCGCCUGGUCGCCUCCAUGCUGCCGCCCGAACACUAUGAGACAUCAUUAACCAGCAGAGGUAUAGUCGGGAGUUUAGGGCCCUGGCACGUGGGGUGCAUGACUUCGCAGCGACAGGAGCCCAAUUGUUAUAGGACAACAAAAUUUUCAUCUAAUAGGCAUCGGAAACUGCAACCUUUUAGAGAAACGUGACUGAGAGCAAUCAUAGGACACCCAACCAUCAUCACUGUAACUUUGCCCGCCGCACUAAGCAUCGUCAUACACAAUGGGCUCCGUCAACGUCAACCGCAACGUUAGCGAUCUCUUCUAUCGAUACAAAAUGCCCCCCUUGGUGGCUAAGGUUGAAGGUAAAGGCAAUGGCAUUAAGACCGUGAUCGUAAACAUGAGCGAAGUAGCGAAGGCCCUGAGCAGACCGCCAACCUACCCCACCAAAUACUUCGGCUGUGAACUUGGCGCUCAAACCCAAUUCGACUUCAAGAACGAACGCUUCAUCGUAAACGGCUCACACGACGCAGUCAAACUGCAAGACCUACUGGACGGCUUCAUUCGCAAAUUCGUUCUCUGUCCCGAAUGCGACAAUCCCGAGACCGAUCUGAUCGUUUCGGCGAAACGAGGCACCAUAUCGCAGGGAUGCAAGGCGUGCGGAUUUCACGGUCCGCUCGAGUUCAAUCACAAGCUCAACACGUACAUCUUGAAGAACCCGCCCAAUAUGAAUCCGGCGGUGCAGGGGUCGUCGCUGACCGAGGGAAAGAAACGGACCAAGCGCAGCAAGAAGGCCAACGGCGAUAACGCCAACGGGGAUGGUCAGGAUCAGGACGGCGAACCUAUCGGGCUCGACGCCUCCGUUGAUGUUACAUCAAAUGAUAAUGGUGCAGGCGAAGAUGACGACACCGAAUGGGCGGUCGACGUCUCCGAAGAGGCCGUAAGGGCGCGCAUGCAAGAUCUAACGGACGGCGCGAAAAACAUCACCAUAAGCGAUGACCUCGAACGACCUGAGAAAGAACGCGUCGACAUACUGUACGAAAUGGUCAAGGCGAAACGCGACGCGGGCGUCUUAGAUUCGCCGCAGUCCCAAAAGGAGCUGGUGAACGAGGCCGAGCGUCUCGACAUCAAGGUGAAGACGCCUCUCAUUCUGGCCGAGCUUCUCUUCGAUCAGAACAUCCUGACGCAGGCCAAGAGACAUCGCAUGCUCAUCUUACGUUUCACUUUGAACGAUAAGAAGGCUCAAAAGUACUUGAUCGGAGGUCUGGAGCAGGUGAUAGCGAUGCACAGCGACGUUCUCAUGAACAAGGUGCCCGGUCUGCUGAAGGUCUUCUACGAUCUCGACAUUUUGGGCGAGAACGUUAUAAUGGAGUGGGCGGAGAAAGUUUCGAAGAAGUACGUGUCUAAAGAUGUCUCUCAGGAAAUUCACAACAAGGCGGCACCGUUUAUAAAGUGGUUGAAGGAAGCCGAAGAGGAGGAAUCGUCCGAAAGCGAGGAGGAGAGCGAUGAAGAUGUCGAAAUUGAGUAUAACGAACGGGCUCAAAUAACACCAUUAAAACCGGUUGCAAAACCGCCAGUUAAGAAGCCGCAAGUAGAUGACGAUGAUGAAAAUGAUGUUGACAUUGACGCCAUCUAAAUUCUAUGGUGUCGAACUGUUGCAGAGCUUUUAACAUCGGAAUGUUGACUACUCUGCUACAAGUUGUCGUAUUGAUGUUUACUGUUUUUUAAAUUACUAUUUCUAUCUACUAUUAUUCUGCAGUGUUGUUUUUUUUUGGGGAUAUUUUAAAUAGGUUUUUGGGUGAUUUAUCGUUUUAAUAUGCAAAAGGGAUGUAAACUUUCGAAGACUGAUCAUUUUUGUAACUCUGAACCUUGGUUUUUGUGUUUGAUAAACAUCUUUUAUUUGUUA